AAGAGUGGGUACGGGAGAGGGGGAGAGAGAGAGAGAGGGAGCGAGCGAGGUGACGGUUAAGAAGGAGAGGUGCGUGCUCCGAGGUGUCGCGCGGUCGAGAUAGAAAAGUGGUGGGGAUGUUACUCCGCGCGAGAAACGGAUCCCGCGGCAGUACGUCGGCGUAGCUCGAGCGGCUCGGAGCUGGUCGGUCCGGGAUUAAAUUCGUCCAUCGGUCCUUGACCCACGACAAGGCUUUUACAUAUCAAUAGCGCUUAUCACAGGAAUCCGUGUUUUUAUAAAAUAAUAGAUUAAUCGAGUUUAACGAGAUUGUUAAGUGUUUUGUACGAAACGAAACGUUAGUGGUGGUGUAACGUUUAUACGAAUUUUUCUCUUUUUUCUUUUUUUUCUUUCCUUCCUUUCUUUCCUUAUUUCCAUCUUCUUUCCCAUCUUUCCUUUCAUAUCCUAUCCUCUCCUUUCCUUUCUUUCCAAUCUAACGUUCUUUACAUCCCUCUCUCUCUCUCUCUCUCUCUCUCGUUUCUGUUAUACUCUCUCAUCUUCGCACCAGUGAGCUUUCAACCCUUCGAGAGAAAAGCAAGCUCGCGUACAUAACCUCCAUCCGAUGGUUCUCCUUUACUCUUUCGCUGUGUUGUUACGACGAACCGAUUACACAUUGAUUCACGAUGUUCCUUGAAUAUUCAAUAUAUUACGAAAUAUUUUUCCUUUCGUACAUUUUCUAUUCAGUGAAAGAUAUCGAACGUCGAAGUUAAGUCAAGUGUGUUUAAGACGAAGAAGGAAGGUGAGAAAGGAGGAACAAGAAGAAGAAGAAGAAGAAGAAGAAGAAGAAGAUAGGACCAGCAUCGGAACCACCACCAUUAACACAUCAUCAUAAUACUUGUUAUCUCAUCUUUAUUGAACACCAUCGUCAUUAUAAUUAUCAACGUCGUCAUCAUCGUCACGCUAAGCGCAAGAAAAGCAUACGUCGUGUGUGUCCACGGCCUAGUGACCUGACCUUGAGUCGGCCCGACCAGGUACAGGAAUUUCAAGAAUGUGAACGACCAAACUUAACGCAAAUGCCCAACAAGGCACGGCCUCGUCGUGAGUGGUCUACCCUGUCCCCCAUAGAUGUCUUGUGGAUGCCCCGCUCCGCCAUGAGGCCGGCCGAGGGCGACACAUCGGAUUGCAUAUUAGUUGUCGGUAUUUCAAGGCCAAAGAUGGCCGCGGCAUUCCUCUCGGUCGCCCUGUUAUCCCUCUUCCUAACAUUCCACGUGCUUUACGACAGUGCAGUUUACAGUUUGCACGCAGCUUCGGCCGUAGAAGGACGUGCGGUUGAAUUGGUAUCCCAGGUUCGUGCAGCCCCACCACUUUUGUUCUCCAGUAAGGUCCAUUAUCCGCGUACGAGUCGUCACUUACCACAAGCUAUCAUUAUUGGCGUGAGGAAAUGUGGAACGAGGGCGUUGCUAGAGAUGCUUUACCUUCAUCCACAAAUACAAAAGGCAUCCGGCGAAGUACAUUUCUUUGAUCGUGACGAUAAUUACGGGAAGGGACUCGAAUGGUAUCGUAGGAAAAUGCCCUAUUCCUUUAAAGGUCAAAUUACCAUCGAGAAGAGCCCAAGUUAUUUCGUUACACCCGAGGUACCAGAGAGAAUACGAGCCAUGAACGCCAGCGUAAAGUUAUUAUUGAUCGUGAGAGAACCCGUUACCAGAGCCAUAUCGGAUUACACUCAAUUACGUAUCCACGCUGCUACUGCUUCGACCUUGAUUAGUAACAGCAAUAACAACAACAAUAAUAACAACAACAACAACAACAACAACAACAUCAACAGCAACAGCAAUGCCACCUCUUCAUCACGUAGCAACUUUAUGAACAAUCAACUGUCGCAACAAGUUCAGGCAACCCGUACCUUCGAAGAACUGGUGAUACGUCCUGAUGGUACCAUCAACGAAUCCUACAGGCCAGUCGCCAUUUCACUCUAUCACACAUAUAUGCACCGUUGGUUAGAGGUAUUUACAAGAGAACAAAUAUUGAUUGUGAACGGUGAUCAAUUGAUCGAAGAUCCUGUUCCGCAGUUGAGAAGAAUCGAGAACUUUCUAGGUUUAGAGCCGAGAAUAGGUAGGCACAAUUUUUACUUCAAUCACACUAAGGGCUUCUAUUGUCUAAGAAAUGAAACCUCGGAAAAAUGUUUGAGAGAGAGCAAAGGUCGUAGACAUCCCAGAGUCAGUCCGGUUGUUGUCACCAAACUGAGAAGGUUCUUCAACGAACAUAAUCAACGCUUUUAUGAACUCGUUGGCGAGGAUCUCGGCUGGCCCGAGGAAUAGCCAUCGUAGAUAUUUUCGAUUUGACGUUCGUUCUUUGAUUAUUUCUAUAUUCUCUCUCUUUUUCGUUUUCUUCUUUAUUUUUAUUCUCGAGAUUAUAAUAGCUCUGAGACUGAGAAAAAUAAUGAAUAUGAUAAUAUCGUUUUAAUUUUGACGUUCUGAAUGCAUCCGUCUAUAAUCGCGAUAAUCUAAUAAUCUAAAUAUUGCAUAUGUUAUCGCGUCCUUUCUAAGUCGAUUUAUAAAAAUCAAUGAAAGAAAAGUGAAUCCGUCUUGUCGGCACUUUCAAUAUUAAAUCGCAAUCAUGCAAGAGGAAAAACGUCGUCGUAUUUGUCUGUAUGAUAAAAUUAGAGCGUUCAUCGAUCGAUCCGAAAGAUAUCACUUCUCGCUGGCGAGAAUCACGAAGCUGUAGAUAAAAAUAAUUAUGUGUAACGAUAGUUAUCGAACGAUCUCGUCGAUCGAAACGAGACAGUAUGUGCGUGUUAGUUUCGAGAUAAAAAAGAGGAAUCUCCGAUUCAAAGAUGGACGACGUCACGUGACCGUAUUCACGUGACCAAACUAUGAACCAUGUGACUUUUAUUGUCGGGUCCCUCGAACAAGGACAGCGUCCACCAUCUUCGAGAUUUCUUUUUUGUGAUCGAUAAUUUAAAAAACAAAACAAAGAGAAAGAAGAAAAAUGAAUGAAAAAAAGAUCGCGUCAAGUACGUUCGAAACCAACUAAUCAAACUGACUAAUUAACUUACAUGGUUAUGUUGUACGAGAAGAUUCCGACAAGAUGGACGACACGUCACGUGACUAAACGAACCAGAUGACUCGGACGCCAUGACAACGUCCAUCUUUGCGUUCAUUCAGGACACAUGACGUGGGAAGGAUCUUUUUUCAUUGAUUCAUUCAAUAAAAAUUAAAAAGAAAAACAAAAAAAAACAAAAGAGAUACAAGAAAAAAUAGAUAAAGGGAGAGAGAAAGAGAAACGUGAUUUUUAAUCAAGAACGAACGUUGGAUCAAGAUUAAAUACUUCCAUCAUACUUUGACAUUGGUGGUAUCACAAAAAAAAAAGAAAUACGGUGCUAAUGUACUUCCUAUGAUGAUCCUUCGAUAUUUUGUUUUUUUCUUGUCAUAUUUUCUUUGUUCUUGUUUACACAUCUCCAACCGAGCGUAUAUAAAUACGAUUAUAUUGAAGGAUUGAAAGUUCGUCACAUUCGUGCUCGAUUCAGAGAUAUCAUAUAGUUUUUCUACUCCCUUUCCCAAACCACCCCCACCUUCUAUCAUUCACUUACCCCUUUCUUCGAAACUUAACACUUAUACCAAUUAAUUCAAUUGAGAAAUCGUAUUAACAUUAAUGCAUUACAUUAUCACGAAAAUUUUGCAAGGGUUGCAAUUGGAAAAAAAAAAGAACAAUGUCGGAAAUAAACCUAUCUAUCUUUUGAUAAUCACAGUUAAACGAAAAUAUAUCGAUAAAUGGCGGACGGAAAGACAAUAUUAACGAAAACGUCCCUAUUACAUAUCGUGAUACGAAACACGAUGCAAAAUAAAAAAAAAAUUGGAAUAUAUAUUUUUUAAUUAGACAACGAUGGAGAAUUAAAAUCGUGAGUGGCUCGUUUCACGAGCUUGCUAAAAGCUGUUGAACACGCGCCGUUAAAUCGAGUGCAUGCAAUUUAACUGAUCUGAGAAAGUAGAAAAUGCAGAAAGAGACAGAGACAGAGCUAGAGAUAGAGAUAGAGAUAAAGAUAAAGAUGGAGACGAAGACGGAGAUGGAGAAUGCUGGAUAGAUGGCAGCCAUCUUUGUGCUGGCGCCAUUAUUAUCAGCGAAUCUCGACAAAUCCUCUUUUUCUCUAUCUCUCUUUUUCCUUCUCUUUCUCUCUUUCUCUCUCUCUCUCUUUCUGACUCUCUGACUCUCUGACUUUCGACAUGAACGAACAGAAAUGAGAAAGUAAACAAAAUUUUCUCUCAAUUUCGUUAAAUCGUCCUCGAAAAAUCAUUUCAAUUGAGUGCAAUUAAUUUUAGUAAACUCGUAUAUCUUUUUUUUCCCUUGUUCCUUUUUUUUCUUUUUAAUUUUUUUCUCUCGUUAAAAAAAAGAAAAAAAAAAAAGUAAAUAAACAAAUGAAUGCAGGUAAAUUUCGUUUCCAAAUCUUUCCGUCUAAUUUCACGAUUUUGUUUCUAAUUGUUCUCUAUUAUUACAAAAAGAGAAGAAAAAAAAGAGAGAAAAGAGAAGAGAACAAACGAAAGAUUUUUGUUCGUUAAUUCUUCUCUCUCGUACGAUUGAAAAAAGAUUUCUAUUCCUUUUUUUCUAUUAUUUUUUCUUUCCUUUUUUUAUAUUAGCAUCGGGAAAGGGGAAAGCUUAUAGAUAUAUACGGUGUUCAUGGAAUUACGAAAGCUUAUUUUCACCAGUUUAACGCAACACAAUAACGUCUUCUUCCAUAUUUUCCGCACCCUUUCUUUUCUCCUCACACACAUAUAUAUAUAUAUAUAUAUAUAUAUAUAUAUAUAUAUGUACAUACAUAUAUAUACACAUACACAUAUAUAUAUAUAUUCAUAUAUAUAUGGUGUAUCCUCUGAAUCGAGCACAAUAUGGCGAUCGUUAUAUAUACAUACAUACAUAAAUACAUACAUACGUACAUACAUACAUACAUACAUACAUUCAUACAUACAUUUAUAUAUACAUGCAUACAUACAUACAUACAUAACAUAAAACUGUUGCGCCGCGUUGCUUCAGCUCAAUCGAUUUUUUUUUUCACCCUCAUGCAACAGAAGCAACGAUAUCCGAUCGAUAUGCGCUCUGUUUUGCUACUCGUUUUCUUCUCACGUGACUGCCCCAUUAACGAGAACGGGUUAGAAAGAUAUAAGGAAAGUAAAUGUGUAUUUAAAAGGAGGAAAAAGGAAACAAAGGACAAGAAAAAAGAAAGAAGGAAUGAAAGAAAAGAAAAAAAAGAAAAGAAAAGAAAAGAAAAGAAAAGAAAAUUGAAAAAGAAGAAAAAGAAGAGACUAAAAACAACAAGACACAUUAUUACAAAGUUCAGAACAAAGUUCGCAUCAAACACAUAGACACACGCACAUAUAUACAUAUACAUACACAUAUACGAAGUAACAGUAACGCCGGCCAAAAUAAAAUAUAGAUAUGUCGGGGUAGGUGUUAGGAAAGGGGUGAGGGGGGGGAUUAGGGAGGAAGGAAGGUAGAAUGUUAGUGUGAAGAUUAAUCGAGAAUAAAUAAGAAAACAAAUAAAAUAAAAUAUAUAUAUAUAUAAAAUAUAUAUAUAUAGCGGGGUGAAUAAAAAGGGGUGGAGGUAGAAGAAAAAAGAAGGAGGGUGAUGGGGGUUGUGACGACGAUAGUGGUGUAGUAGCAGCUAUAAAGAACGAAAGUGAGAACGAGAUUGGCCUGUGGAGAGAAAAGAGAAUCAGGAAAGGAAAAAUUAAUUGAGCGAAGCUGGUUAGAAGGUGGUUGUUGUACGAUGAUGAUACUAGUGGUUGAUGGUGGUGAUGGUGAUGAUGGUGAUAAUGGUGGUAGUAGUAAUGGGGGAUAAUAUAAACGAAAGAAAAAAAAAUAUAUAUAUAUAUAUAGGUACAACGUUUAUAUAGAAAAAAUACUAUCACCUUUCUUUCAGUCCUCUGUUGCGUCACUCACGCGCGCGCGCGCACACAUACACACAUAUACGUGCACACACCACAUCUCCUCUUCUUACCACCACCCCUCCAUCACCCCCCACCAUGGAUCACAUUGAUCCGUGAGAGUUUCGUAUUAGGAAACGGCGAAUGGGUAGGAUGUGAGAUAAGGAUGUAAAGGGGUGGUUUGGGGGUGAAAAAAGAAAUGGGAGAACAAGAAGUGAAAGAAAAGAAGAAAAAAAAGAAAAUAAAAAAAUAAAAAAGACGAUGUAGAUGACAAUGGUGAAGGAAGAAGUUGUGGAGGUUAGGAAGGAAGGAAGGAAGGAAGGAAGUAGGAGGAGGAGAAUGGAAGAAAGUAAAUAAAAAAGUAAGUAAGUAAUUAAGUAGAAGGAACAUAUCAAUAGGUUAUAAAUCUAGUCAGAAAUUAUUACGUAUAGAUAUUAAGGAAAGAUUUAAUAUUUUUAUAAUCCACAUUGGAAGUUGUUAUAUCGUGUCGUUAAGAUGUAUGUAUGUAAUUGUAUUUAACAAUAUGGCCGUUUGGACCAUCAUGGCGGGAGUCUCGUUUCGGACGAAACACAAACAAACAAACGAACAAAUAAACAAACGAACAAGCAAAUAAACGGAGAUAGAGAUAGAGAGAGAGAGAGAGAAAGAUAGAGAUAGAGAUAGAGAUAGAGAGAGAGAGAGAGAGAGAGAGAGAGAAAGAAAAAAUUACUACUACUACUGCUACUACAUAUAAUAACAACAUCAACAACAAGGAUUUAAAACUGAUAGUUGUUUUUUUCUAUUUCUUUUUUCCAUUUUAUUUUUCUUUGUUUUUUAAACGAUCGUACUCCUCUUUUUUCUCGAUCACGUGUUAAAGUCCAUAUUGUGUAUAUAUAUAUUUCACAAAAUGGCCGUUCGGAUCAUCAUGGCGGCGAAGUUCUUGUUUCUAUUGAAACAAAAACAAACGAACGAAAAGAAUUAAAAAUCGAUAAUGUUUUAGAUUCCUUUCUUUUUCUUUCAUUUUUUUUUUUUUUUUUUCAUCCAAACCAUCAUAUUCCUUUUCGAGCAAUCACGUAUAUAUCUCACUCUAGAAUCCAAUGUAAAUCUUCGAAGAAAGACCAUCGAUGUGUUUUCGUUCGAAUGGCUGAAAGCUUAUAUCGUGAAUGGGAUAUCUCUUCAUGCAAGACAGAGAGAGAGAGAGAGAGAGAGAGAGAAAGAUAGAAAGAAAGAAAGAGAGCAAGAGAAAGACAGAGACGAUUCUUACGGUCUGACACACGAGAUUGGAGCAAAAGGAUAUCGAUAAAAAGAGAAAGAGAGAAAAAGAAAGAAAUAGAAAGAGAGAGAGAAAAAGAAGAAAGUAGAA